UUUUUUUUAAGUCGCCUUAGGUCAUGUGAUGGUUGGCAGCCAAUCCGCGUUUGGCAAACGGUGAACCGCAGCAAACUGAGAAGGAAGUUGGUGCCGCACAGGGGAACGAGUGACGGGAAACCGGAGCGAUGACCCGCGGAAACCAGCGUGAACUUGCCCGGGCAAAAAACCUUAAGAAGGGUCAGGAUAGCAAGAAAAAGGCGGAUGAUGGAUUAUCGGCUGCUGCACGAAAGCAGAGAGAUGCUCAAAUAAUGCAGGAGAAACAGAAAAAGGCAACAGAGAAAAAAGAUGAUCCUAAAUAGCAUCUGUGGAUCGCAGUGUGACUAAAGAUGGAGGAUGAUGACAUUAUGAUACAUUGCCCAGUCCCUGAACAAAAACAUUUGGCUAAAUUGCUUUGUUUGCCCCCCAAUGCUAAGUAUUUUCGCUGUGCAUUGUUUCCAGCCUUUUCCUUUUAAUCAUAGACAAGUAGCAUAGUUGUUUUGUGUUUUCCUGCCUCCUGUACAUAUUAUAAAUAUACCACUUUAUCUUAACCCUGCACAAAGUUCAGGCCCUUGUUUUUAACUUGUCGCUUUCUCUGCAUGCUGACCUAGCAUUGGUUGAGUCAGCUUUCUCAAAUACAUAUUCUAAUCAAGUUCAAAACUGAACAACCACUUCACCGUGAUUGAAGUAACCUGUCAUUUUGUAUUCACGCUGGACCCAGUCAAAUAUUUAAUAAAAUGACUUUUUUCCGUGAA